AUGGAGAGUAAACCAAAUAUGUUAAUGCAAAGAUAUGAGUUAGGAAGAUUACUCGGCCAGGGAACCUUUGGAAAGGUUUACUAUGCUAGGAGUGCACUAACUAACCAGAGUGUGGCUAUUAAAAUGAUUGACAAAGAUAAGAUUAUGAGAACUGGCCAAGUUGAACAAAUCAGGCGUGAAAUAUCUGUUAUGAGAUUGGCUAGACACCCCAAUAUCAUACAGCUUUUUGAGGUUAUGGCCAACAAGAGUAAGAUUUACUUUGUUAUGGAAUAUGCUAAAGGUGGUGAGCUCUUCAACAAGGUGGCCAAAGGAAAGCUCAAGGAAGAUGUUGCACAUAAGUAUUUUAAGCAGCUAAUCAAUGCUGUAGAUUUUUGUCACAGUAGAGGUGUGUACCACCGAGACAUAAAGCCUGAGAACAUUCUAUUGGAUGAAAAUGGUAAUCUAAAGGUCUCUGAUUUUGGCCUAAGUGCUCUUGUUGAAUCCAAGAGGCAGGAUGGUUUACUCCAUACUCCUUGUGGCACACCUGCUUAUGUUGCUCCUGAAGUCAUCAAAAGGAAGGGAUAUGAUGGUACAAAAGCUGAUAUUUGGUCUUGUGGAAUAGUUCUGUUUGUCUUGUUGGCUGGUUAUCUCCCUUUUCAUGACCCAAAUUUGAUAGAGAUGUAUAGGAAGAUAAGCAAAGCAGAAUUAAAAUGUCCUAAUUGGUUCCCACCAGAAGUAUGCAAGCUAUUGGGCAUGAUGUUGGAUCCAAAUCCUGACACUAGGAUUCCCAUAUCUAAUAUUAGGGAACAUUCUUGGUUCAAGAAAGGACCAAAUGUUAAAAACAAAAGACCUGUAGUGGAAAACAACACUGUCUCUUCUUCAGGUACUGUUCUUCCUGAUCAAAAUGAUUGUGAUAUUCUAGCAGCAGAAGCAAACGGAGAGUCAGUUGCUCCCUUAAGUAUAAAUGCCUUUGAUAUUAUCUCCCGUUCUGUGGGUUUUGAUCUUUCUAGAUUCUUUGAUGACAGUUUUCAUAAAAAGGAAGCAAGAUUUAGUUCAAGGUUACCUGCAAAUGCCAUCAUCUCCAAGCUGGAAGACAUUGCUAAGCAACUAAGGAUGAAAAUAAAGAAAAAAACUGCGGGUUUGUUGAAAUUAGAGGGUUCGGAUGAAGGUAGAAAGGGAGUUUUGACGAUUGAUGCAGAGAUCUUUCAAGUUACACCUUGUUUCCAUUUGGUGGAGGUGAAAAAAUCAAAUGGAGAUACAUUGGAAUAUCAGAAAAUAUUGAACGAUGAUAUCAGGCCCGCUCUUCAGGAUAUUGUUUGGGUCUGGCAAAGUGAUCAACAACUGCAAUCACAACCGUCAGAAGAACAGCAACAACGACAUACAGAUGACCAGCAGCAACAACUUCUGCAGUCAUAA